GUUUAAUAGUCUUUUUAAUUGCUUUUUUUUUCUUUUUACUCCUCCCCCUUUUUUUUUCCUGUUGUGGCAACAACAGCAAAAAGAGAACAACCAAAAAGAAGGGAACAAAAAAAAAAUAUACUCUCUCUUUUUUUUAAAAAAAAUAUAGUUGAAUAGAAUGAAAUGGCUCAUAUUAUUUUCAUUCUUACUUUUAUUAUUGUUUAAUUCAAUCCAUGCACAAAGCUGUGUGAAGAGUUGUUCACCAAGUUGUUCCAAUGGCUACGUGUGUGUCGUAGGAACAAUGACAAGCCAGGGUGUUUGUCCUGACCCAAAGUGUAUGCCACCUCAAGUAUUAGGUUUGCCCUCAUCAGACAAUUCGAAUGGCUCAAACAACUCUUCCAAUGCCGGUCUCAUUGGUGGUCUCGUUGGCGGUCUAGUCGGUGGUGGUGCUUUAUUAGGCAUUGCAGGAUUUUUAUUGAUCAGAUACAGACGAAAGAAAAACAAGAUACCACUUGGACUGAAGAAAGCUAUUGUAAAUAACCACAGUAAGAGAUCAAUUACUCCUCGACAAGAAGAAGAGAUGCAAUAUAAUAGAAAUUCCAAAGUUAUGUCAGGAGUUAUACCAGUCGCAUUUGUACCGCCAACAGCUUCUCGUGCACAAAGUUCAAUACUUGACUUGGAUGACGGACGACAUGCAAGCGUCUCAACAUUUACAAGCGUUGCAUCAAGUCAAUGGCAAAACGGUAACGCUGAAAAUCCAUUCGAUGAUCACCAUUUAUCAACAGGAAACAGUAUAAUGACUCAAAGUUAUUUAGGUGGUGUCAGCAGACGAACAUCGACCGAUUCUAACCUAGAGCAACCUCGUACGGCCACGGUCGUUCAAGCAACCCAGGUGGUACGAGCUAAACCUCAAAUUAUGCGCGUGGAUACAGUCAAGAUACAAGAUGGAGUGACUCGAAGUGCAUCCUUUAAAAAGACGCUUAAACCAGAAAAAGAGGACCCCUUUGAUGACAAAAACAAGGCUUCUUCACCUUCUUCAAAACCAACAGACAGCGUCGUCUCUGGUCCUGCAGACGGCGAGAUAACAAUAUUUUGGAGCGGUUCAUAAAUUUUAUUUAAAUCACAAUAUUAGUUUUUGACAGAGACAGUUUUACCAGUCUUUUGGAUAGUAGCUAAUACUUCUUCAAUCGGACGCUCACUAACAACAACUACUUCUUGCUUUUCUAAAUCAGUCUUGACACUUUCAACGCCUAAUCUAUUUAAGGCUCUUUCGACAGCGCCAGAACAGCCAGAACAAGACAUUUCAACAUUGAAAACAUAUGUAGCCAUUUUUUUAGAUAUAAUUUAUAAGCAAU